AGACGUGCGUGAAACGCGCAGCGGUUCGGACGUAUUGCUGCUGCCCUAAAAAGGAUUAAUCUUUGGCUUUGGCUCACACACACACACACAAACACACCUGUACACACAUACACACACACACACACACACAAGGCUUCAAAAGUGACGCACAUCCUGUGUCUGACAACAAAUUAAACUAAGUUUCACUUAAUAUUCAAUUAAAAUAACAAAGAAGCGCCUAGCAGCUAAAUUAAAUUAAACGUUAUUCUAAAUGCCAAUUGACGCGACUGAAUAAUCCAAUUAACAAAAUGGGACUGGAGUUCUUCUUUAAAUUUGGCUAUGCCUUCCUCACCAUAACACUGAUUAUAAUGAUCUGGAUGUCGUUGGCGCGUGCCUCGAUGUUCAGUCGGGAAAUGGAGGAGACACACUAUCCGCCAUGCACCUACAAUGUGAUGUGCACGUGUUCGAAGGCUUCCACAGAUCUGGGCAUUGUCCAUUGCAAGAAUGUUCCGUUUCCAGCACUGCCGCGCAUGGUUAACCAAUCCAAGGUUUUCAUGCUGCACAUGGAGAACACGGGUCUGCGAGAGAUCGAACCGUAUUUUCUGCAAUCGACGGGCAUGUAUCGAUUAAAGAUUUCGGGUAAUCAUUUGACUGAAAUACCAGAUGAUGCCUUCACCGGAUUGGAACGCUCUUUGUGGGAGCUCAUACUCCCCCAAAAUGAUCUGGUGGAGAUACCAUCGAAAUCAUUGCGUCAUCUACAAAAACUACGCAUCUUGGAUCUGUCUGAUAAUCAUAUAACAACUGUUCAUCAUGACUCGUUCCGCGGCUUGGAGGAUUCGUUGCAGAAUCUGAAUCUAGGCGAGAAUUGCAUAUCGAUGCUGAUGUCUCAUAGUUUCACGGGUUUGCUCAACCUGGAGACACUGGAUCUGAGUGGCAAUAGUCUGUUUGAAAUCGAUCCCAAUGUCUUUGUGGAUGGCAUGCCGCGUUUGUCGCGUUUAUUGCUCACGGAUAAUAUACUGUCGGAGAUACCCUACGAUGCACUGGGUCCGCUGAAAAGUCUGCGCACCUUGGAUAUCUCUCACAAUGUCAUUUGGUCGCUGAGCGGCAAUGAGACGUAUGACAUUAAAGCCAGUACCAAACUGAAUCUGGACAAUCUUCAUCUGGAGUAUAAUCACAUCGAAGUGCUGCCUCCGAAUUCCUUCAAGUAUUUCGAUACAGUCAAUCGCACUUUCUUCGAUGGCAAUCCAAUACAUACGCUAAAGGACGAUGCCUUCAAGCCAGCACGCAUUCGUGAGAUUUAUAUGCGCUACUGUGGACUGACCAAUAUCUCUCCGGUGGCUUUCGAUAGUCUGGUGAAUAGUUUACAGAUUCUGGAUUUGUCCGGCAACAAUUUGACCAAGCUGCACCACAAACUCUUCAAUAAUUUCGAUGUCUUGAGGGUGAUCAGCAUGCGUGAUAAUAAUAUUAAAAUCCCGAAGCCAACGGAAACGUUUAAUGCCAUGCAUUAUACGCUGCUCAAACUGGAUCUUAGCGGGGAUCGCAAUGACCCCACCAAUCUACAGACGUUACGCAAUAUGACCAGAAUGCGGAACAUGCGAUCGCUGUCCAUAUCGCGCAUGGGCACCUCUUCUGUCGGAGCGGAUGACUUUAAAGACUUUGGCGUAGAACUGGAGGAUCUGCAGAUAACACGGGCCAGCCUCACAGGAAUACAAUCGCAUGCCUUCAAGCAUGUCCGCGGUCUGAAGCGAUUGGACUUCAGCGAGAAUGGAAUCUCAAGCAUUGAGAAUGAUGCUUUUCAUGAGAUUGGUCACUCGCUCAUUUCACUGAAGAUGUCGCAUGGCUACUCUGGCAGCGCCUUGCCUGCGGAGGCAUUGCGUCAUUUGACCUCCCUGCAGGAGCUGGACUUUAGCAACAAUCACAUUACCAGCAUGAGCGAUACUAGCUUUCAUUUCUUAAAGAACCUUAGACUAUUGGAGCUGCAUGACAAUCGCAUUGAGCAGGUGCUCAAGGGCACUUUCCAGGGCGAUAUACACUCGAAGCUGGAGGAGAUCUCGCUGAGAUUUAAUUAUCUGUCAUCGAUAUCGCAGCACACAUUCUUUGAUCUGGAAGCGUUGCGAAAACUCCAAUUGGAUGACAAUAAAAUUGACAAGGUGGAACGACGAGCCUUUAUGAACUUGGAUGAGCUAGAAUAUUUGAGUCUGCGUGGCAAUAAACUCAAUAAUUUGGCCGAGGAAUCCUUUCAAAAUCUGCCCAAGCUGGAGAUUCUGGAUAUGGCCUUUAAUCAGCUGCCCAACUUUAACUUUGACUACUUCGAUCAAGUGGGCACUUUAUCCAAUCUGAAUGUCAACAUUAGCCACAAUCAGAUCAAGCAGCUGAUAUACAACUCCUCCUGGAGUGGCCGCAAUGAAAAUGGCGGUGUGUACCACUCCAACAUCAAGAUAUUGGAUCUGUCCCACAAUAAUAUCUCCAUUAUAUAUCCCGGCUACUUCCGGCCCGCUGAGAUCACAUUGACGCAUUUGCAUCUGGGUUACAAUUCACUAAUGAACACCACGCGAGAUGUGUUUGGCAACAUGCCAAAUUUGCAAUGGCUGGAUCUAAGCUACAAUUGGAUACACGAACUGGACUUUGAUGCCUUUAAGAAUACCAAACAGCUGCAGUUGGUCUACUUUGACCACAACUACUUGACCGAUAUACCACAGGAUAUUUUUAAGCCUGUGCAAGGAUUGCGCAUUGUUGACUUCUCACACAAUAAACUACGUGGUCUGCCUGACAAUCUAUUCUACAACAGUGGCAUGGAAAAAUUGGAUGCCUCGCACAAUAUGCUACUGAAGAUACCAUCUUCAUCAUUGUCCAGUUUGGCUGCCUUGACGCUUUGCGAACUGCAUUUAUCCAAUAAUUUUAUAUCGACCAUACACAGCAUGGAUUUGUCGAAUAAGUUUAGGUCCCUCCGCUAUUUGGAUAUCUCCUACAACUAUUUGCUGCGCAUUGACGAUGCUGUCUUUGCCACAAUGCCUAAGCUGGCUGUUCUCGAUCUCUCACACAAUCGUGAUCUUAAGGUGAUGGAUAAGUCGUUCAUGGGUCUGGAGACGUCACUGAUUAAGCUGGGCCUGGAGAAUGUAUCGCUGAGCACAGUGCCAGAGAUACGUUUGAAGUAUCUGCGCGAGUUCCGUUUGGGUUACAAUGAGUUGCCCUCAAUACCACAGGAACUGGCAAGCAAUAUGAGCAAUCUACGCAUGUUGGAUCUGUCUAACAAUGAUUUGACUAAUGUUCCUCUAAUGACACAAUCGCUGCCACAUUUGCGUCGCCUAAUGCUCUCUGGCAAUCCGAUCACCUCGCUAAAUAACAACAGCUUCGACGGGGUCAAUGAGGAUUUGGAAAUGUUGGACAUAUCCAACUUUCGAUUGCAUUAUUUUGAAUAUGGCUGCCUCGACUCACUGCCACAUUUGCGUUCCCUCAAACUGACUGCCUAUUCGCAUUUGGAGCACUUUAAUAUACCCCAUUUGCUGCGCCAUCAUCACAAUAUACGCGAACUGUGGAUUGAGGCACCACAGCCCUUUACGCGCAUCGUGAAGAAGGGCUCGGGCCCCACGCAGGAGAUGCAAACAGUGCAGAUGGGCAUGCCCACUGACUUGAAUCGUGAAAUGGAAGGACAGCUGCCCUCCAAAAUGACCAAUAUUACCUUCAGUGGACCACAAUUUACAAAUCUACACGAACGCAUUCUGCGGGGCAUGCGCUCUCCAUAUCUGUAUAUGCAACUAUUUAAUACCUCGCUGCAAGCAUUGCCUCCAAACUUCUUUAAAAACAUGGGUCGUGUGCGAAACAUUUCGCUGGACAUACGUUAUCACAAUCGCAACUUGAAGAAGAUACCCAAUCCGAAUACGGGCACAGUGCCAUAUCUGCCAAAUAGCGUCUUUCUCACUGAUCUGAAGAUGUCACACACGGAUCUCAGCUGCGAUUGCGACUUGGGUUGGGUGGAGUUCUGGCAGAGGAAGCGCCGGCAAUAUAUAUGCUCAUCACAGACCUGGACCGAUACUGUUUUCCGUACGUUUAUGAAUUCACCGUGUCAGGUUUAUGGACGCCAUAAUUGCGAUGAUCACGACGACGAUCUUCGCGAGACGCAUUGUGAAAAUAAAGGCGGUCAACAGUUGCUGGAGGCUCUGAAGUUCGAUCUGGAGUGCGGCUGGGAUAAUGCCAAUUGUCGAGAAACUGCCUUUGUUAUAAUGGCCGUUUGUUUGGCAUUUCUGUUCUGGAUGUGACUUCUGUAUUUUGCAUAUAAGACGUCCAGCGAGUUUUACGAUAUUCUAGAGCAUGUCUAUGGCAGGCAGGUCAUAUAAGUUAUUGCAACUGACCAUCUAGAAAUUAAGCGUGAUGAGACUUUGUUCUAACCUGUUUUUUUAUUUAGUAUUCUUUCAAUACCUUUCCAAUCUUUUAGAACCCUUGGUAACGCCUUAUAUGUAGUAAUCCUCAGAUCUCACCCUCACUCUCUCAAUCUAUAUACCACAUACACAUUGCAGUCAUAUUAAUUUAUGUAGCUUAUUAUUAUAUGUACCUCGUAUAUUAAUUUUUGUAUCUUAUUGUUCAAAUCUCUCUUAUUAUAUUAUCCAGCUAUGAUAGUCCGUAUACUAAAUCCUCCGAUUUAUUACUAUAUAAAUAUUUAAGUUAGGUCACUGCUUCAACCAUACCAAUUGAAAGUCUGUAAAAUGUUUCAUAAACAUAAUAAAUAUUUACGGUAGGUUAAAUUGGA